AACACGAGUACUAUACCAGAAGCCGUGCCCUAUGGCAACGAGGUAAGGUCCAGGAUCCAAUCAGUUUAACACGUUUAGUCAUGUUAGUUGCCGCCACGUUCAAUGAAAUUUUCCGUGCAUAUGCGGAAACCGCAUAGUGACCCAUAUUUAUGAUCGUGGGACACCAUCUCGGGUUCACGGCUACCGUAAUCAAUCUUAUAAGCGCGCUACGUCCGUGCCCACACUAAAAAGAAGAGGGAUACACUUCACAGAGAGAGAUCGUUAUUUGUUUUUCUGUCGUGAGAUGAAGAAGUGCAGUUUGCUGUUGCAGUUUCUUCUUAACGUCGUUGCUGUAUUGCUCUUGUUGCUGGUUGGAGAUGUGCCGACGAGAACAGAAGCCGACAGUUCAGCUGCCGCUUUUGUCCAAAACUCCAUCUUCUCCAACAGAAUUGUCAUUUUCUCCAAAUCUUACUGCCCAUAUUGCUUGCGUGCCAAGCGCAUAUUUGCUGAGCUACAUGAGCAGCCUCUUGUUGUGGAGCUUGAUCUUCGAGAUGACGGAGCUCAAAUUCAGUAUGUACUUCUAGAUCUGGUUGGUCGACGCACUGUUCCACAAGUAUUUGUGAAUGGCAAACACGUUGGUGGUUCUGAUGAUCUUAAAGCUGCUGUUGUGAGCGGUCAGUUGCAGAAACUACUUGGUACCAGUUAAUGAGAUAUUAGGAUGGUAUGAUGUGAAACAAAAACAUCUGAUCUGGAGGUACAUAUGAGGAUUAACAAAUCAUUCCUGGAGUCUGAGAUACAUAAAACAUAUGGUGAGGUUUUUUUAUAGCUUAGUGAUGUUAGCCAAAAGAGUUAAUGUAGCAGCCCUCAGCCAAUGAAAACUUGAUGUUUGGGGAAAAAAGGAUUUGUUAUAUGGUAAGUUUGGGGUGUGGAAAAUCAUUUGCUGUAUUGAUUAGAAAAUUUUGAUGCUUCUUAAAUAGCUCUAGUGUGUAUGUAGAGUGAAACUGAAUAGUGGGACUCUUGAAAAUUUCAUCAUUUCAUUUUAA